CUGAUCAUAUAAUUUUAAGUCAUUGUAACAAAGUUACGAAACAAAUAUUUUAUAAAUAGAAUAAAAUAGUCUAAAGCCACUUUACACUAUGUUGCAGUUAUGCAGAAAAUAACAUUGAUGACGACAAAAAAACAGAUACUUCGGCACCCAUUCACAAAAACAAGUCCACAUCAAGUAUAAAAAAGCAAAAAUGUAUCGAUAGUAGGAAAAAACACCAUUAUCUGGUAUUAAAUCCUUCCUGCUCAACCAGUCGGAGCACUUGACCAAAUGUUACCAUAAUCUUUCGGGUACUUUCCUUAUUUUUACUUUUAACGAAGAGGAGCGUCAACAACAUGCAUCGAUCAACUCUUGGGGAUCAAUCUUCAUCCCCAAUGACGCGCCCGAGGACGACAAUGACCACAAACUUACAAAGCUAAUAUUACAUGCCGGAUACGUGCAGCUCCAGCGGUGUUCCUUAGUUACUGAUUUUCAUAAAACAUUUUUUCACACGUACUACAUUGAAUGAUACAACAAAUGUCUUCCGUUUAAAUCAUUUAUGACCUUGACAAUGAAUAUCAUGCGUUACAUAACAGUACCCUGCACCAUUUCAAUCCUAUCUGUUUCAGCAGAUUAAUUGCCAAUUUUUUUUUCUUCUUUCUAGUCUCAACCCUUUCACUUCAACUAGAGCGGUCCGGUUGAACCGGUUGGUGCAUUUGGCAUGCCGUAGACCCUGCUGAAUUUUGGUAACUUUUCUUUUUAGCAGUAUUCCCGUAUCAUGAUCAAUACAUUUCCUUUCGCUAUAUAAUGACAGUUUACCCACAUUGUAGGCAUCAGUUAGCAUUUGUUCGCCCCAUACACAACAGCUCCCAAGUAUUUUGCAACAUGUAUUCCAAGAUCAUUGUUGUUCUGGCCCUUGUCGCCGCCGUCAGUGCUCAAAGCCACUACGGACAUCAACAACACUACCAGCCCCAACACUACCAUCACGAAGAGGAGCAUCACGGACCAGUGCACUACGAAUAUAACUACGAUGUGCAUGAUGACCAUACCGGUGAUGUUCACGGCCAGAAGGAGGCUCGUAAGGACGACUCUACUCAGGGCGAGUACUACCUGAUCGAUGCCGAUGGCCACAAGCGUACCGUCACGUACCACGUUGAGGGUAAGAGCGGAUUCAUCGCGGAGGUUCACCGUGAGCCGAUCAAGGGAUACCAGGCACCGCAGCCACAGCACCACCAAUAUCAGCCGCAAUACCAUCAUCAGGCUCCGGCUCACCACAAAUACUAGUUUAAAACUGUGUAUAGUAUAGCCCUGUAAAUCGAAUUUAAAGCUAUGAUAAAAUGUUUUAUAAGUGAUAAAUCUAAUCAAAUUUGUGUUGGGCCUUAGAUAUACCUCAUCCAUUACUCCAUAACUUCGUUAUCUGAUGCGUUGAGUUUGAAUGUGGUUGAUUUUCUCUGCGUUAGACGACGCAAUAUAAGAUUCCCAUGUCAUAGAACAGCUGGGUGAUGCACUGUAGGACCGUAGACAUACAUGUACUCGUUUACUGUUGUGCUCUUCGUCCAGCAACACGUGAAAAAUGUUUUUGCGGAUGUUUGUAUUAUUGGAUGCAUGCACAGCUGAUCCUGUAGUGCUGCAAAUCAAAGGUGCUUUCAUGAAUUACACCUGUUUCCAGGUACGAUCGAAUUUCGUGCCGUUCGCAUCGAAUAACGUGCCGUUUGCUUCGAACCGCAGCUCACUAUGAUCGAAUGCGUGGGAUCGAACGCUUCCGUUCCGUUCCAUCGCCAAACGUUGUGACCGAAAGAACCAAAUUCUACAAAUCUGUGCGUAGAAUUUCACGUGAAGAGUCUAAUUGUUAAACCAAGAGCAAAAGUGUGUGAAAGUUUUAUUAAAUAUAUGAACUGUUUAGAUCCGCCAUUUAGAGCGGCUCGCGAGCUAUACUUU